AUGGAUCCACAGAACCUUACACGACACCCUGAGUUUUUCCUUCUGGGACUGUCAGAGGACCCUGAAUUGCAGAUCUACAUAUUCGGGCUCUUCCUGUCCAUGUACCUGAUCACCGUGCUGGGGAACCUGCUCAUCAUCCUGGCCGUCAGCUCAGACACCCACCUCCACACGCCCAUGUACUUCUUCCUGUCCAACCUGUCCUUGGUGGACAUCUGCUUCACCUCCACCACCGUCCCCAAGAUGCUGCAGAACAUCCAGACACACAGCAAGGCCAUCAGCUACGCAGGCUGCCUCACCCAGAUGUACUUUUUUAUCCUCUUCACGGGUCUGGAUGAUUUCAUCCUGGCCGUGAUGGCCUAUGACCGCUUUGUGGCCAUCUGCCAUCCCCUGCACUACCCGGUCAUCAUGAACCCCCGGCUGUGUGGGCUGCUGGUCCUGGUGUCUUGGGUCAUCAGUCACCUGCAUUCUUUGUUAGAAAUCUUAAUGGUCUUGCGUCUGUCUUUCUACAUGCACUUAGAAAUCCCCCACUUUUUCUGUGAACUCAAACAAAUAGUGCAGUUGGCCCGUUCAGACACUUUUCUGAAUAACCUGGUGAUGUACUCUGUGGCUGUGAUGCUGGUGGGUGGACCCCUGGGUGGCAUCCUUUACUCCUACUCUAAGAUCGUCUCCUCCGUCCGCAGAAUCUCCUCGGCUCAGGGCAAGUUUAAAGCCUUUUCCACCUGUGCGUCUCACCUCUCCAUGGUUUCCUUGUUUUAUUUUACGCUCCUCGGCGUGUACCUGAGCUCUGCUGUGACCCAGAGCUCUCAGUCCAGUGCCAUCCCCUCGGUGAUGUACACGGUGGUCACCCCCAUGCUGAACCCGUUCAUCUACAGUCUCCGGAACAAAGACCUCAUGGGGGCUCUGAAAAGACUUUUUCACAGAACUGCUACAAAGGGUCUAGUGGUUCAGGACUGA